GCAGACGCGCUGGCCAUGCUCCUGGACGCGGGGCCGCAGUUCCCGGCCAUCGGGGUGGGCAGCUUCGCGCGCCACCAUCACCACUCGGCCGCCGCGGCGGCGGCGGCGGCCGCGGAGAUGCAGGACCGCGAACUGAGCCUGGCGGCGGCGCAGAACGGCUUCGUGGACUCGGCGGCCGCGCACAUGGGCGCCUUCAAGCUCAACCCGGGCGCGCACGAGUUGUCCCCCGGCCAGAGCUCGGCGUUCACGUCGCAGGGCCCCGGCGCCUACGCCGGCUCCGCCGCGGCGGCCGCGGCCGCCGCCGCGCUCGGGCCCCAUGCCGCGCAUGUCGGCUCCUACUCUGGGCCGCCCUUCAACUCCACCCGGGACUUCCUGUUUCGCAGCCGCGGCUUCGGCGACUCGGCGCCGGGCGGCGGGCAGCAUGGGCUGUUCGGGCCGGGAGCUGGUGGCCUGCACCACGCACACUCGGACGCACAGGGCCACCUCCUCUUUCCUGGCCUCCCGGAGCAGCACGGGCCGCACGGCUCGCAGAAUGUGCUCAACGGGCAGAUGCGCCUCGGGCUGCCCGGCGAGGUGUUCGGGCGCUCGGAUCAGUACCGCCAGGUGGCCAGCCCGCGGACCGACCCCUACUCGGCGGCGCAGCUCCACAACCAAUACGGCCCUAUGAAUAUGAACAUGGGUAUGAACAUGGCAGCGGCCGCCGCCCACCAUCAUCACCACCACCACCACCCUGGUGCCUUUUUCCGCUACAUGCGGCAGCAGUGCAUCAAGCAGGAGCUCAUCUGCAAGUGGAUCGACCCGGAGCAGCUGAGCAACCCCAAGAAGAGCUGCAACAAAACUUUCAGCACCAUGCACGAGCUGGUGACCCACGUCUCCGUGGAGCACGUCGGCGGCCCGGAGCAGAGCAACCACGUCUGCUUCUGGGAAGAGUGUCCGCGCGAGGGCAAGCCCUUCAAGGCCAAAUACAAACUGGUCAACCACAUCCGCGUACACACCGGCGAGAAGCCCUUCCCCUGCCCCUUCCCGGGCUGCGGCAAGGUCUUCGCGCGCUCCGAGAACCUCAAGAUCCACAAAAGGACCCACACAGGGGAGAAGCCUUUCCAGUGUGAGUUCGAGGGCUGCGACCGGCGCUUCGCCAACAGCAGCGACAGGAAGAAGCACAUGCACGUCCACACCUCCGAUAAGCCCUAUCUGUGCAAGAUGUGCGACAAGUCCUACACGCACCCCAGCUCGCUGCGGAAACACAUGAAGGUCCAUGAGUCCUCCCCGCAGGGCUCCGAGUCCUCCCCUGCCGCCAGCUCCGGCUACGAGUCGUCCACGCCCCCGGGGCUGGUGUCCCCCAGCGCCGAGCCCCAGAGCAGCUCCAACCUCUCCCCGGCGGCGGCGGCGGCGGCGGCGGCGGCGGCGGCGGCGGCGGUGUCCGCGGUGCAUCGGGGCGGAGGCUCGGGCGGCGGCGGCGCGGGCGGAGGCUCCGGUGGAGGCGGCGGCGGCGGCGGCGGGGGAGGCGGCGGGGCGGGCGGGGGCGGCGGCGGCGGCGGCUCUGGCGGGGGCAGCGGGACGGCCGGAGGCCACAGCGGCCUCUCCUCCAACUUCAAUGAAUGGUACGUGUGAGAGGCCGGGGCCUCUCUCUCUCUCCCGGUCCCCACCCUGGCGCGGCAGCCCUCCGGUGGCGAUCGCCCAGGGCACCCUGUGACCGUGUUGUUAAAAUUACGAAUCUGAUUUUUAUGAUGAUGGAAACGAUUUUACCAGCAGAAGGAUUUUUUAAAGUUUUUUUUUUUUUUUCUAAAUCUAAUCUAGGCAUGAAAAGCAAAAAGAUCCCUUCCGGAGUCUCUGAAGCUAAAAAUAUAAAAUAAGAAAUAAAAAAACCCAUAAAAAAAUUGAACCAAACCCUCCAUGCCUUCCCCCAUGCGCGCUUUCCUUCCCGCCCCUUUCCCAGGCUUCUGACAAACUGUACAUAGCGGACUCCUCCUUCCUUCUCCGACGUGGUUUUAAUGGCUUCUUGGUGUAUAGAAGUUUGUCCAUUUGUAAUUCUCUGGAUUGCGUUCCUCCUGCCUUUCUUCCCUUCCCUUCCCCAAGUGAUGGGCUUUUUCUUUUCUCUUUUUAGUUUCCCCGGUUUCUUUUUAAGUAAUGUGGAAGAAAAUGGUUUAUUUUGUAUUGUGGUAUUGAAUAUUGUGUUCCUUUUUAUGAGGCAACUUGAUUGUAAACUUCAUGCAACUAUAGACUGGAAAAAACAAGCCGUGCCAAAGUCUCCCUUCUGUUUCUUCAACAUGCUGAUCCACAGCACUCACACAUCACCACCACCAACGCUUGUGAAUGUAUUUUUCUGUUAGCUGGGUUUACAUGUGAUGUUUUAGUGCGUUUGCAAGUUCAAUUUGUUAGUUCCUGUAUGAAAGAUUUUGGUGGGGGGGGGGAAUAAACGUCGUGCCGUUAGUUUUUUCCGUAAUAACACCCUUCCUUCUGUAAAUACCCGUUACCAUAUUUAUCCAUUUGUAAUUAAAUUAUGGUAUUAACUUGCUACAGAGGAAACAAUAUUUAUAAAGAAUGUUUCUUAACUAUAAAUAUGUACAAUUGUGGGCAUAAACUGUUUCAGAUUUUUUAUUUGAAGGUU